AUGGGACACACCAGUGGGCUGGAGCCGGGAGGGUCCAUGGAAGAGGCCUGCCUGGGACUCCCUGCUUGGUCCCAGGUGACGGCAUCAGGGAUGCUGGCCAGCAAGCACUCACUCCACGUCAGGCACUGGGCUAGCGCAUUUCCCGUGGGGGAGCUGCUCCGCUGCCCUGCAGACUUUGACAGAACUCCGCAGUCCCCGCUGACGGUUGCUGGCAGCUCUGCAGGGCUGUGCACCCCUGCUGCAGACUCCCACGGGCAGCUCUCCCCAAAUGGUCACAACGUCGGUGACCUGUGCGAACAAAAGGAACUUGGCCUGGCCGAUGGGCCCCAGAGUUCUACUCUCUGGCUUAGAAGGAACCAGGGGGCUUUCUUUUAA